AUGCACUCGGGCUCUGUCACCAAUAAUUCUACCUCUGACGCCCCUCCUUCAAUACAUGUGUAUUGUGUAUUGAAGGAGGUAGAAUUAUCUCAGGAGGUCACCCAGGAGGAGCCACUGCCGUACUACUACGACUACAACGUGCAUGACGGCUACAAGGGCACCAACUUCGGCCAGCACGAGAAGUCCGACGGUAAAAAUGUGUACGGCUCCUACACCGUCGACCUCCCCGACGGUCGCAAACAAAGGGUGGACUACACAGCUGACCACUACAGGGGCUACGUGGCCAAGGUCAGCUACUACGGCAAGGCUCAGCACCCUAAGCACUACGGCCCCGCCGUCACCUUCUUCAACAAGGGCUACGGCCACGGAGGCGGAUACCACUAGUCUUGGAUAACUUAACCUGCUCGACAAUGAUUAUAUUUAUGUAAAGUUUAUGUGAAAGAAUAAACGAAAAC